AUAAUUCAUGUUUAUUUUCGGAUUCAUAAAAGGUGACAAAAUUGUUUCGAUAAAAUUUACAUUUUAAUUAAGUAUUUACAUUUAAUUUAAAUAAACGCUCUAUAUAAACCAAGACAUAGUUUCCGGUUCUAGGACAGAAUAGCUAGGAGCGUGAAAUCCAAUACAGGUAUCUUCUUUCAACUUUCUUCUUUUCACCGUAGACCAGUAAAGGACAAGCCGAUACUGCGCUAAUAUCAACUGAAGAUGAGUGAGGAAGUGCAAGAUCUAAUGGAUAUGAAAAUAGCCGCGAAUAACGAUACUGAAGAAAAGAUCGAAACUGAAACGAAAAAAGAUUCUUCGAUCUUCGACGGACUUCAGAUAAUAAAUGUCAUCUACUACAGCCUGCUUCACAUCGCUGCCAUAUACGGAGUUUACGUGGCCUUAUUUCGGGCAAAGCUCGCGACUCAAAUUUGGUUACCCAUUUUUGCCGCACUAAUGGGUUCUGGCGUGACGCUCGGUUCGCAUCGAUAUUUCUCCCAUAAAUCGUACGAAGUCACGACUCCCGUGAAAAUCGUACUACUCAUAAUGCAGACGAUGACCGGUCAGAACAGUGCAUUCACGUGGGCGAGGGAACACAGGUUGCAUCAUAAAUACAGUGAUACCGAUGCCGAUCCCCAUAACGCUGCAAGAGGCUUCUUCUUCUCUCACAUGGGUUGGCUCUUGACAAAGAAACACCCCUUGGUACUGCAAAAGGGAAGAACCGUUGACGUAUCGGACUUGUUAUCCGACAAGCUGAUCAUGUUUCAGCACAAGUACUACAUACCACUAUACGUUUUUUGGGGUGUCUUAGUACCGAUUAUGAUACCGAUUUACUUAUGGGACGAAAAACCAUGGGUAUCGUUCUUCACGGUGUACUGCUUGCGCUAUGUAGUGGUACUUCAUUUCACUUGGAGCGUUAAUUCUGUCGCCCAUUUGUUUGGUAAUAAACCCUAUGACAAGAGAAUCUAUCCUGUGGAAUCUGCAUUAGUAUCGUGGAUAACGUUCGGCGAAGGAACGCACAAUUACCAUCAUGCGUUUCCAUGGGACUACAGAGUCUCGGAAUUUUCAACGCUGAUAAGUCUAACUACGAGGAUUAUCGACCUGCUGGCAUAUUUUGAUCUGACUUACGAUCGUAAGACGGCGUCCCAGCAAGUUGUCCAUGGUCACCUGAAAAGACACGGUGACGGCACGCAU